AUGUAUUUAUUAUGCAAUAUAUCAUUUCCCCUCUUUCUUUAUCUUGAUGACUUGUACAUUAUAUAUCAGACUUCAACAGCAUUCAACGAGUUCUUCUUUAAAUUCUUCUUCUUCUUCCAUUUUUUAAAAUUUUUUCUGUUUUUUUCUUGGACCUCAUUUCUUAUAAUUUUAUAUCUUUUUUCCUUUUCUUUUCUUGCAGCUUCUUUUCCUUCUUCUUCUUCUUUUCCUUCUUCUUCUUUUCUUUCUUCUUCUUCUUCUUCGUCUUCUUCUUCUUCUUCUUCUCCUCCUCCUUUAAUACCUUGUCCUUUUUCUUCCUUUAAUUUUUCCUUCUUUCCUUUUUUCUCUUUUUCCUUCUUGCUUUCUUUUUCACCCUCAUUCUUUAUAAUUUUCUCGGCUUCUCAUUUUAUUUUCUUACUGUUUUCCUUCUCUUAUUUCAUUUCCUUCUUAUCUCUUCUUUACUCUUCUUUUUUAUUCUUCAGCUUAUUUUUUUUAUCAUCUUCUCUUGAUUUUCUUCUUUUUCGCCCUCAUUUCUUAAAGAUUUUCGUUUUCCUUCUUUCUUCUUAUUUCCUGUACAUGUUACUUCCUUUCCUUCUCAGAAAGGAAGAAAACAAAAAGAAAAAAAGUAAAUAA